AUGGUAUAUGGCGGUGAUCAGGAUGCUGGUAUGGGGUAUGGUGGUGAUCAAUAUGCUGGUAUGGGGUAUGGUGGUGAUCAGGAUGCUGGUAUGGUGUAUGGAGGUGAUCAGGAUGCUGGUAUGGUGUAUGGCGGUGAUCAGGAUGCUGGUAUGGUGUAUGGCGGUGAUCAGGAUGCUGGUAUGAGGCAUGGUGGUGAUCAGGAUACCGGUAUGGUGUAUGGUGGUGAUCAGGAUGCUGGUAUGGCGUAUGGUGGUGAUAAUGAUGCUGGUAUGAGACUUGGUGGUGAUCAGGGAGCUGGU